AUUUAGAAAAUGAGGAAUUGGAGAAGAAUGAAUUGGAUAAGGAGAAUGAAUCAGAGGAGAAUGAAUUGGAUAAGGAGAAUAAAUCAGAGGAGGAUGAAUUGGAAAAGGAGUGUGAAUCAGAGAAGGAUGAAUUGGAGGAGAAUGAUUCGGAAGAGAAUAAAUUAGAGGAGGAUAAAUUAGAGGAAGAUGAAUUAGAAGAGGGUGAAUCAGAAAGUAGUAAAAAAAUAAGUUCUGAAUCAGAAGAGAGUUUUGAUAAUCCUGAAUUUAAUG